UCUCUCUCAAUCACACAAAAUAUGAAUUAACAAUUAAAUUAUUGUUUUCUAUGAUUUAAGAAAAAAAAAUUGUUUUGUUUUUUUGUUUUUGUCUGUCUCACUGAGAAACACAAAGCCGAGGAAACAAAGAGAAAGAGAAAAGGCGCAACCGCGAAAUUGAGAGACCAAAUCCAACCACGCCAGCUUCGAAACGCUGCGUUCCACUCUCCAAACCCUAGCCCUAUCCCCGGCAUUCCUCCGUUUGCCAUCGACACCGUCCGCCCUAACCGCCCGAGCCUAAAGAAAGCGAUCGAUUUUAUCGUCUCGGAAGAGCGAAUCGAUCUGAGAGAAGAAAAAAAAACAAGAAGGGGUGAUCUCAGACGAGGGAACGAAACGAUGCCGUCUCACGCGGAUCUGGAGCGUCAGAUCGAACAGCUAAUGGAGUGCAAGCCUCUGACGGAGUCGGAGGUGAAGACGCUGUGCGAUCAAGCGAGGGCGAUUCUGGUGGAGGAGUGGAACGUGCAACCGGUGAAGUGCCCCGUCACCGUCUGCGGCGAUAUUCACGGUCAGUUCUACGAUCUCAUCGAGUUGUUUCGGAUUGGAGGGAGCGCACCCGAUACCAAUUAUCUCUUCAUGGGUGAUUAUGUAGAUCGUGGGUACUAUUCAGUGGAAACUGUUUCUCUUUUGGUGGCUCUGAAAGUUCGUUAUCGGGAUAGAAUUACAAUUCUCAGGGGAAAUCAUGAAAGCCGUCAAAUUACUCAAGUGUAUGGGUUCUAUGAUGAAUGCUUGAGAAAAUACGGAAAUGCCAAUGUCUGGAAAUACUUUACAGACUUGUUUGAUUAUUUACCUCUGACUGCCCUCAUUGAGAGUCAGGUUUUCUGCUUGCAUGGAGGUCUCUCACCUUCUUUGGAUACGCUGGAUAACAUCAGGGCAUUGGAUCGUAUACAAGAGGUUCCACAUGAAGGACCAAUGUGUGAUCUAUUGUGGUCUGACCCUGAUGAUCGCUGUGGAUGGGGAAUAUCUCCCCGUGGGGCAGGAUACACAUUUGGACAGGAUAUUGCUACUCAGUUUAAUCAUACCAAUGGUCUCUCCCUGAUAUCUAGAGCUCAUCAGCUUGUUAUGGAAGGAUACAAUUGGUGCCAGGACAAGAAUGUGGUUACCGUAUUUAGUGCUCCAAAUUACUGUUACCGAUGUGGGAAUAUGGCUGCCAUACUAGAAAUAGGAGAGAAUAUGGAUCAGAGUUUUCUUCAGUUUGAUCCAGCUCCCAGGCAAAUUGAGCCUGACACCACACGCAAGACUCCAGAUUAUUUUUUGUAACUUCAUUUAUCUACCUGUUUGUAGUUAUUGCUUUCUGCUGUUACUGUAGAUGUGUCUUUAAGGAAAGAGGAAUUUUACUGUUUAAGUGGAGGGUGGUCAUCAACAUAUUUCUUUCUUUCGGAGUUUACCUGCUGCCGCCGCUGCCGUAUUUGUACAAGAAACCAAUAGAACUGACGCAAGCCACCAAUUGAGGUUGUAUAUUUUUGGGAGGAGGAAGCGGCAAUAACAUGGUAUAUCUUGUUCUGUAAUCCUUUUUUUCUUAUCGUUAAAUUAAAUCUCAAGUUAGAGAGCAGAUUUUUGGAUCCUGACAUUGUUGUCCAUUUGAGACUUUUGAUGAUGCCUAAAAUGAAAGUGCAGGUGUUAAUUUUUCGUGAUUAAA